CUGAGCCGGGCCAGAACGGGGCUUUGGUUAGUCCUCCCCUCACAGGCACCUUGGCUGAAGCGGUUAUGUUGGUUUUUCACACCUGUCGAGCAGCUUUAACGAUCAAACAGUUAAAUUUGUGGAGCGUUAGCCGCGUCCGUUUGUUCGCCGCGGCCGUUGACUGAGUGAGACGUUUGUGGACCGACAGACAAACGGGCGCCGGGUCGGUCGUGAAGUGAAGAGUACCGCAGCCUUGCGUCAAAGCCAGCUAAAGCUAAACCGUGGUGAGACCAGUCAGCAAGACCGGGUAACAGCCACGUUACCUCGGGCAGCCAGCCAGCCAGCAGGCAGGUUAUUUUUGGCACGGCUGCUCUCGUACACAUGCUCUGCUUUAGUCGUGUGAGCUAGCCCAACAUCUGUGCAAAAAAGCUGUCAACUUCUCAAUUUCAAUUCAGCUAAUCUUCACUCAGUAUUUUGGGGUUCCCGUUUACUCGCUAACCAUAUACGAAACGACGUUAACGUUGCCACACGUUUUGAAAACAGAGGUAAAGCUUGGAAAUUUCGGUUUUAUUGCGUAACAUCUUGUUGAAUUGAAGAAAGGGGGGCCCCUCAUUGCUUAACAUAUGAGGCCCAGUUGAAAAGAUGGACCUGAAUUUUUACUCGGAUCUAACGGACGGUACCGGGCAGCACGACGGUGAUCCAGAGUUCUUGGAUCCGCAGUCUUUCAAUGGAUUUGACCAUGACAACAAGUUCCCUGGAGGCAGUGACAGCUACCUGACAAUUUCUGGGUCCGGCCAUCCUUUCCUCUCCUCCUCAGAGUGUGCCACUAAACCCAUUGACCUCUUCAGCCUCGCUGGAUCCACUGGUGGAACCUUCCACACCCCCAGCCUUGGCGAUGAGGAGUUCGAGAUCCCUCCCAUCUCUCUGGACCCGGACUCGGCCCUCACCGUGUCCGAUGUGGUGUCCCAUUUCGGGGAGCUGUCGGACACCGGCCCCUCCGACAGCGUGGUGGUACCCGGGAACGCCGUGGUGGAAGGGGAUGACCCUUCCUUCGCCUCCACUUUCGUCAACAACCCCUCACAGGGACUGGAGCACCUCAGUCUGGGAGUCAUCAACCAGUCGGGAGGAAGUGCUCUGUUGGGGUCCUCACUGGGAAUGGAUCUCGGCCAUCCCAUCGGUUCUCAGUUCAGCAGCUCAUCCCCAGUGACCAUAGACGUCCCGCUGGGUGACAUGAGCCAAGGCUUGCUGGGGUCCAACCAGCUCACCACUAUCGACCAGUCAGAGCUCAGCGCUCAACUGGGGCUCGGGUUAGGAGGCGGGAACAUACUACAACGCCCACAGUCGCCUGAAAACCCUCUGUCAGCCACGGCGUCGCCCACCAGCUCGCUCCAGGAUGAUGACAUGGAUGACUUCAGAAGGAGCGUCCUGGUGGAGUCUCCGGUCUCUCUGGCCGUCUCUCCGGGAGUCAUCUCCCUCGAUCCCUCUCUGUCCGAGUCUUCGCUCUCUGCCCCGUCGUCUUCCAGCGUCUCUCCGGUCGUCGGACGGAAGGGAGGAGCGGGAGGAGGGGGGAAAAAGGGGAAGAAGAAGAAAGACCCCAACGAGCCUCAGAAACCCGUGUCAGCCUACGCUUUGUUCUUCAGGGACACGCAGGCAGCUAUCAAGGGACAAAAUCCCAACGCCACUUUCGGAGAAGUUUCUAAGAUAGUGGCCUCCAUGUGGGACAGUCUGGGGGAGGAGCAGAAACAGGUUUACAAGAGGAAAAACGAAGCGGCGAAGAAGGAUUACUUGAAAGCGCUGGCAGAGUACAGAGCCAGCCAGAUCUCUCAGGCCCCCAUUGAAGUCAUGGACACAGCUCCGUCGCCUCCUCCUCCAGCCCCGGCUUCUGCUAUCACCGCCGCGGCCGCCAACACCCCAGCCACUCGUGCCACCCGGUCCCAGCAUUACAACCCCGAGGAGAACACCAUCACCAAUAUCUGUACCUCCAACAUCAUUCUGGACCUCCCUCAGGUCACCACACGCUCCCGCACAGGCGCCAUCAAACCCCAACCUCCACCCGUCACCACUCCCCCGAACCCCCCCACCGUCACCAAGAUCAUCAUCAAGCAGACGCCGCUGCCUUCCGGCGGCGUAUCGGUCACAGCAACGCCCGCCUCGUCGCCGCGGCAACCACCGCCGCUGCAGCAGAUGCAGAGCACCCCGCCGCCGCCACGGCUGCAGCAGAUGGUGCACGCCCAGGCCCCUCCUCCUCUGCAGGCCAAACCUCGAGGCGGAGGCGCAGCUGCCGCCACAGCUCCACCGCCGCUGCAGAUCAAGGUGGUCCCGUCAUCACGCCAGUCGGAUUCCAGCACGCCGAUCAUCGUGACGUCGGCCGGUGACACGCCCGCGUCGGUGUCCUCCUCGGCUCUGACGGUGGAGGUGGGACAGUCGUCGGCUGUGGUGACGGGAGGAGAAGAAGUGGCGGAGGAAGGGAUGGAGGUCGAGGUGAACGUCGCCCCCGGGCCCAGCGUGACCCCCGCCGCCAGUCCGAACAUUUGUGUGCGCGCCGGCUGCACCAACCCUGCUGUGGAGAGCAAAGACUGGGACAAGGAGUACUGUAGCAACGAGUGUGUCGCCACACACUGCAGGGACGUGUUCAUGGCCUGGUGCGCCAUCCGAGGGCAGAACUCCACUACUGUCACAUAGGGAAAGGACACAUCUGACGGAGGAGUGCUACACGAGAGAGAGAGAGGAACAGAGAGAGAGACAUGGACAAAGAAUAACACAUGAAAUGCAAAUGAACAUAAGAAUGAAUGAAUGAGUGAAUGCAUGAAUGAUAGCCAGAUCAGGCUCAGGUAUCAGUACAUAACUGUUUUAUCAUGUCGCAUCGGACGGGCGGGGGGUUUUUUGUCCUCUUCGGGGACAAAAAAGACGAGACAGAGGCAGGGAAAAAUAUCUGAAAGUCACUAUAAUAUACUUUUCUGUGAUUGACACCUUGGCUCUGUCAUACUUCACCCUGCACGGCUACCCCCCACCCCCCACCCUCCCACAGCAGAAUAAACUCAGAAAUUAUGGCGGGAAUGACGGCUCACGACAGGACGGAUAGAUGAAUAAUGAAAACUGAAGGAGAAACUAAAGACUUGGCUCUGCUGCUCCAGAUUUACCUCACAGAGGAGCGGGGAGGUGCUGAUCAUCUAUUGUGAAUUUAAAAAUAUGGACUGAGUGGGGGAAAAAAAAAUAGAGCAUUUUAUAAGGACAUACAGUGUUUUUAAUUGAUUUUAAAAAAAGGUGAAAAGGUGCAGGGAGGAAAUCAUGAUCUCGCAGGUGUAUUUUGUUCAGCUCAUUCUGAAAAAAAGAGACUUCAAUGCGUGUAGGCACUUUCCUUUACUGUUACAUCGAGGAUUUAUCGACGUGAAUGGAAUCUGAGGUGAUUUUUUUUUUUUUUUUGUAAGGAAAAUGUAUAGAAAUAUGUGUGUGCUUCAACAUCGAGGGGCCAGUGGCUACUUGAGAGAUUUAUCAUACAAACAACCAACAACUGGGCUAAGCACAAACAGUCUUAAAUGUAGUUUGGAGUCGUUAAAAGAAGGUAAAAGCCGUUUGUAAGAAGCCAUUUUAAGACAAAGUGGAAAGUGCUGUUGCUGUUAAGUCACUUUAGAAAGUAAGGAAGGUUUUUACUCAAAAGACAGUUCAAGUCUUUAAAAAAAAAAACGACAAAAAAAAAAAACAACAGGUGCUAAGAUUCAGGAAAAAAAAAAGAAAUAGCUCUAGCGUUUCUGUUCUGCUAAAAAAUGUCCUGCAAAACAUAAGAGCUUUUAAAAUGUGUGGUGCGUAUUUUGUUUAACGAGGAACAUUUGUGGUGAAAAUCUCUGUCUGAGGGGGGGG